GUUUCUGCAUUGUGCGUUGUCUGUUUGACUGAGAGACACCGUUGACUUUGGGGAACUUUCCAUUGUAUCGGCCAUCAAGGGAAACGCCGGGGCGCCGGGCAGCCCGCUCGAAUAUCGCGCCAAAUUGUGGAUCAGCUGGGAGGACGGGGCUCUGCGGCUGCAGUUGGCUGUUUCUAAUAUUAACCGCGAUCAUGAGUGCUCUUAAGAUUUAGAGAACCGACUCAUUUCAUACUGUUUAUUUCAUCUUGUAAUAGAUAUGCUAGCUAAGAUUAUUAUAAGUUGAAACAACACAUGCAAUAACUAUAAAGCAAUAGAUAUGUUUCCUGGCUCGCGAACAUUAGAGCCGUCAAACUCGUGAUGUAAACUUGGCCCGAGGAGCGGGAAACCGCGCGCGCCGGCACCGGAGAGGAGGCGGGUGGACGUCUGCAACGGAAUCAUCUUUAAUAGAGUAAUGAUCGAAUGAGCGCUCGACUCCCUCUUCUGACGCUGCCGUCGGACAGAUAAUGUCUGGUGCCAGGGGCAGCUCGAGACCGAUCCGCGCGGCUCCGGCCAUCCUGACGCGCUCCAAGCGGCGGCGGCCGACCGACAGUCCCGUGUCGGCCAUGGACCAGGGCGCCGGUCCGUCAGCGGUCAGUCAGCUCGGCCAGCAGAGCUGGGGAAGCUCACCGGCUCUCAGCGUCGACAGUUUUUCGAGCACGCCUGCGGCCGGGGAGAGCCUGAGCUCGCUGGCGGCCAGCACGCCCGGCUCCAUGGAGAGCCUGGACUCGGACUCGAGCAGGACGUUUCUGCGCGGCUUCGAUAGCCAGUGGAAGCGGCAGCGGGCGCGCACGCCUCCGCCCUCGAGCUGGUCAAAGUUCCGUGAGGCGCAGGUGAUGCCGCCGCAGAUCCGGCAGCGGGUACCGCCGCUGCCCGAUCUGCAGUGGACGGAGGCCGAGGAUCUCUGGAACAGUAUGCGCACAAAGGACUACAGCUACAAGCGGGACCCUGCCCUCAUGAGCCACCACCCGGCGCUGAAGCCCCACAUGCGAGCCAUUCUCAUCGACUGGCUGAUUGAGGUGUGUGAAGUACACCGACUACACAGGGAGACGUUCUACCUCGCGGUCGAUUUUCUGGACCGCUAUUUAAGUCGCGCCCGGGACCUGCCUAAAUCACAGCUCCAGUUGGGAGGCAUCACUUGCCUCAUGAUCGCCGCCAAGCUGGAGGAGAUCUACCCGCCCAAGGUGGCCGACUUUGCCUACGUCACAGACGGCGCCUGUACCCAGGAGGACAUUCAGGACAAGGAGCUGGUCAUCAUGAAGGUGUUGAACUGGUCCCUGUCACCAGUCACUCCUCAGCACUGGCUGGGCACCUAUCUGCAGCUCACAAACAUGGAGGAAACCAGAUGCGGUGACGCGGUGACGGCCGAGGAGUUCACCAGUCCGCAGUUUUCGGCGCUCCAGUUUGUCCAGAUGUGCCAGCUCAUUGACCUGGCCGUCAUGGACAUGGCCUCGAUCCAGUUCAAGUACGGUGUGUUGGCCGGCGCCGCCUUCUUCCACUUUACCAGGAACAGGGAGCUCACCAUCAGGAUCUCCGGCUACUCGUGGUUCGAGCUGUCGCCUUGUGUCACCUGGCUGGGCCCAUUCUACGUGACACUGCGUGACCACCUGCUGUGUCACGUGCCGCCGUUCGAUCGAGUGCCCGACACGGAUCGACACAAUAUCCAGAUCCACGCCGUCAACUUACAGAUCCUGGAGGAGGCGCAGAAGCGGUCCGAGGAGCAGGAGGCCCAGCUCUGCAUGUCUCCUCAGGCGACCGCCGAGCGACCCGACUUCCUGACCCCUCCGGACUCGGGCGGCCGGCACCGGCCCUGAGCGACCCGUCCGCACCACGACGGGGUCACGAUGGGACGUGGUGGGACCGCGGCGGGACCCGGAGCCACCGACCAGUCAGAAGCGCCGAGACGGGCGCGGCGGUGCAGUCCGCCAUAUAAAAAAUACAGCGGCGGUCCUCGUGGGGGCCGGCCGCGCUCAGAUAGCACUGCCAUCUUCCGGCGCGCUGCCGAACUAUCAGUUGCGUGGUGGCGCUGUGGUAGUUAUUUAUUUGCGAGGCGAGCGGCAGGGCCGCCGGCAGUGCGUCGGGUAGGGUAGGAAUCGGCCGGCAUCGGUAGAGUAGCUCUGGACGGGCAUUGUCGCCGGCAGCCCGGCGGCGGUUUCCAAAGAUCUCUGUCGACGUGAGGUCGUCCCGUCUGAGGGGUCCGCCAUCAGCGCUCUGGGGGGCGUGUGAAGUCACUGCGCCGCGACCGAACCGGCGCAACGGUCUGAAACCAAGCAGGCCGCACCGCCAGUUUUAACCGGUUUAUAGCAGAUCUAGGAAUUUUUCCAAUGAAAUGAGCCCUUUUACCAGCGCCGGUGGAGUUUUAUCAUCUCAACUGCCUUUUAGCCGUGCCUCGCCUCCACCCAGCGUGCGUUUAUCACAACGAUGUGACACUGCCGACGAUAUUUUGUCCCAACGAACCACAGUUCAUAGCCGAUUGUGUUUUUGAGUGUAUGUUUGCGUGCCUGUGUGGGGAAGGUGGGUGUAUACGCGUGCGGGGUGGGUUGUUUUUUUGUUUUAUUUUCUCGCGCCGCCGUGACGCCGCGGUGGCUGCGAGCGAUCUCUGUUCUGCUCACCGGGCGCCGCGCACCGUCAACCGCUGACGGUGCGUCGAUUGGCCGAGCGUCGCGGGGCGACGAGAGCCGGAGCGAGAGAGCUGCUGUGUGUAGGCGGCAUUACACUGGUCUGGGCCGCGGAGUGUCUGUGUCGCGUCCCCGGUGUGUGUUCGGGGGAGACUUGUGCUCAUGGAGGGGUGAGGCUGGGACCCGACCCCCGUGUACGAGCGAUUCGCUCCCUGCUGGCGUUUAAAGGGACCUCCGUCUGGGCUUUGGCCUCGAGGCGCCCUGUGUCGAACCCAGAGGCACGGUGGGGCUGGAUGAAAUCGCUGUCAACAUUAUGUUCCAAAUUCACGUACGAUCCAUACAUUGUCCUGAGUUUUGUGUUGUACAUCUUGAUCAAUAAACAUGAAUUGUACUUA